CUUACAAAUAACCCCUCUCUUUCCUAACUUAGUCAUUUUCAAUUCAUUUGCAAUCUUCUUCCCCAAACAAAAAAUCCCAUUCGCUGCAAUCUCCACCAGCACAAGCAUGUUUCUUUGUUGGCCAUAUCUGGUAUUUUUGAUGUCUAUCUGAUUGUGCUGCUUAUCGGGUUCAGUUUUCAUUCUCAGGAGCUUGCUUAAAUCUUGCUCGUCCCUCUUUCUCAUACUUCUUCCUCCUCCUCCGGAUUUGGAUCUUGCCUGAAUCCUUGCGUAGUCUGUUGAUUGGCAGCGAUGGGAGGUGUAUUAGGAACAAAUGAAUCAUCAAGAAGGGUUUGGAUGCCAGAAACAAAGAUUGAGGCUAAAAUGGUUGAAGCCAUGCAGCGGAGGGCAUCUCAAGGAAGUUCCAUGAGAUCAUUCAACACUAUAAUCUUGAAAUUCCCAAAAAUUGAUGAGAAUCUAAGAAAAUGCAAAUCUAUAUUUGAGCAAUUUGAUGAGGACUCAAAUGGGGUUAUAGAUCAAGAAGAGCUGAAAAAAUGUUUCAGUAAGCUGGAUAUUUCUUCCACCGAGGAGGAGAUCAAGGAUCUUUUUGAAGCAUGUGACAUUAAUGAUGAUAUGGGAAUGAAGUUCAAUGAGUUUAUUGUGCUUCUCUGCCUCGUCUAUCUUUUCAAGGAUGAUCCGGUCGCCCUUAGAACUAAAUCACGAAUUGGGAUGCCGAAUCUGGAGGCCACAUUUGAGACUUUGGUUGAUACAUUCGUAUUCUUGGACAAAAAUAAGGAUGGUUACGUCAGCAAAAAUGAGAUGGUUCAAGCCAUAAAUGAAACUACAACGGGAGAGCGUUCUUCUGGAAGAAUAGCCAUGAAAAGAUUUGAAGAGAUGGACUGGGAUAAUAAUGGAAUGGUGAGUUUCAAGGAGUUUCUUUUUGCAUUUACUCGUUGGGUUGGAAUUGACGAAGUUGAAGAUGAGGAAGACAAAUGAGUCAGAAUCUUGUAAUUUAAACAUGUUAAUGGUUGCAAAGUGUGUCAGCCCUAGCAACUUCUCUCAUAGAGGGCCUUUUGGUUUUCAGUUGCAAUAAAAAGUCCAAGUUGCUACACUUUCUUUCUUUAAAAAAAAAAAAAAAUACAGAUUGAAAAAAAACAGAGAGAAAUGGAAUCUUCAUUCCUGAAGCAUGUAGAUAGUCUGUAGUGUAAGAACUCAAUUUCAUGUUAAGGAUAUCUGUGAACGAACUAUCUCUUUAAUUGUUACCAUAUCAAAUUGGUUGGCUGCUUCAAUGA